AUGGCUUCACUCUUCCCGGAUCAAGAAAAGGGCCAGGACGUGGGCGUCAAUACUAGCGAUAGAGAUUCCUCCGAUGAAGAGUUUGUCAAGGAUGGCGAUAUUGCUUACAAGGUAGCAGAAGGUGCCAACACUUCAAUCGCAACUUACCAAGAUGCAAGGGGUGCCCCUGUUGAAAAGCAAUCUCCAUUGGGAUAUUCAGUCAAUUCAUGGGUGAGCUUGUGCUUGAACGUCAACCAGAUGAUUGGCACCGGUAUUUUUUCAACACCGGCCACGAUAUUGAACGGCGUCGGAUCGGUAGGCUUAACAAUGAUAUACUGGCUCAUAGGUUUCCUACUAUCCCAAAGUACUCUUUCUUGUUACCUGGAGCUUUCGUCGUACUUUCCCAGUCGUUCUGGAUCCGACGUCGUAUACCUGGAACAAGCAUAUCCAAAACCGCUGUACUUCUUCCCUACGGUAUUUGCCAUAAAGCAUGUUAUCUUCUCGUUUUCAAGCAGCAACGCAAUCGUUUUCGCCCAGUAUAUGUUUAAGCUUGCUGGGUAUACAUAUACAGCGUGGGAAUUAAAAGCAGUGGCUGUGGGUGCAUAUACUUUGGCAACGUUAGUCGUCAUAUCAAGCACCAGAUGGUCUCUACGAGUCGUUCUCGGAUUUGGGUUCAUUAAGCUUGCAACUCUGUUACUAAUAUCGAUUGCGGGCUUAGUAGUCCUCGGAGGGCAUACCCGCGUGGCAGACCCCAACAUCAACUGGCGAGAUGCGUGGAGAGGAACAUCGAGUGCCACGGCAUACGGUGCCACCAAUGCCAUGGUCAAGAUCAUCUUCUCUUAUGCAGGCUAUACCAAUGCUUUCGGUCUCGUAAAUGAGAUGAAGAACCCAACCAAAACCCUCCGAUGGAGCGCACCAUCGUCUUUGCUUGUCGUCACGAUUCUCUACAUUUUGGUCAAUGUUGCUUACUUUUCCGUCGCUUCGCGAGAGGCUAUACUGUCGUCCAAGCAGAUUGCUGCUGCAGUGUUUUUUCAAAAUGUGUUUGGCACCGGCGGUGCUGCACGAGCUCUGAAUGUGCUUAUUUGCAUGAGUGCAUUUGGCAACCUGGUCGCUGUCCUGAUCAAUUCGUCAAGAUUGCUUCGUGAGACUGGAAGACAAGGUGUCCUUCCUUAUCCAAAGUUCUGGACCUAUACAAAACCAUUCGGAACGCCUUUAGGACCUUAUGUCUUUGUUUGGGGAACCACUAUGAUCAUGAUCCUUGCACCGCCCGCCGGUGAUGCCUUCAACUUUGUGGUGGAUCUUUCUGUAUAUCCCAGCAAUAUCUUCAAUCUGCUUCUCGUCGUUGGCGUACUCUUUAUUAGACGGCGCCGUAGACAUGCCGGCCUUCCGCGCCCUCAGUAUCGUGCAUGGGACAUCGCUAUUGCCUUUGCAACUCUGACGAAUACAUAUAUGCUCAUAGCUCCAUGGUAUCCACCUCUCAAGGGCGCAACUGGUGGUGAUGUCAGCUUUUGGUAUGGAACGUACCUGGUGGUCGGCAUUGGGCUUCUCCUUCUAUGCGGUGUGUAUUAUUACGUAUGGAUCAAGGUUCUGCCAAGAGUCAAGGGUUAUGAGCUUCGACAGACAGUGAUUGAGUAUGAGAACAAAUCAAUCGUCCAUCACUUGGUCAAGGUUCCCAAAGCUGAUGUAGCUCGCUGGGAUGAGGAACACGACGCCGAGGGCAAGCUACGACGACGGGCUGCUCAUGCUCCUGGCUCUACGGACUCUCAGUAG